AUGGUUCUGCUGGAGAACCCGUCCUCCUGUCCGCUCGUCGUCUCCUCGGCGUCUGACCGGAACCACAGCUUCCUGUGGAGGACUGAGCGUCUGGCGGCGGACAUUUUGGAUCUAAUGCAUUUUCUCACCUUUGUGUUUAUUCUGGACGUCUUUCCACUUUACUUUGGGUCAGAAGUUCCUGCGCUGGUCGGCGUGACGCCAAGCAAACGACUUCUGGACGCUCAGAGACCACCUGCAUCCAGGUUAGCAGGAGAAUCAGCUCCAAUCAGAGGAUCGGAUCACGCGCUGCCGUCGGCCACGCGCAUCCCGCGCACCCGCAGCAGGGCUGAUGUGGAGCGGCUGCAGGAGGAGGAUCUGACUCCUGCUGGAAGGAUGUGGACCUCCUGCGCUCUGCUGCUGCUCCUGUUGGGCUCAGGACUGGGUCUCCAGAUCCAGUGUUACCAGUGUGAGGCGUCCCGAGACUGCGCCACGCCCGACUUCAUCGUCAACUGCACCGUCAAUGUCCAGGACACCUGCCAGAAGGAGGUUCUGGUGAAGGAUGAUGGUAUUCACUACCGGAAGUCCUGCGCCUCCUCAGGAGCCUGCCUCAUCGCCUCCUCGGGGUACCAGCAGUUCUGCACCGGCAAGCUCCACUCCGUCUGCAUCACCUGCUGCAACACGCCGCUUUGCAACGGCCCGCCGCAGAAGAGGCGGACCCCGCAGUCCUCCACGGGAACCUCAGCCACACUGCAGGGCGCCCUGGUCUCUGCCUGCGUCCUGCUCCUGCUGCUGGAGCCACUCCUCUGCUGACAGGA